AUGGCGACACCAACAGCAGCGGACGCAUUGGCAGCCGCAAACGCAGCCGCAAACGCAGCUGCCACAACCGCUACAACCGUUGGCAAUCGUAUUGACGCCGUGGAACUUCAACUGAACAAUAUUGCGACCCAACUCCAGGCCCUGAUCUCGGCCGCAGCAGCGGCCGGUGGUGGCGUCGGUGGAGCAGACGGCGGCGGUGGUGGCGAUGGUGGCGCCAGGGGUGGUGGUGGCGCUGGUGGUGGCGGCGGUGGCGGUGGUGGCGGGGGUCUCGGACCAGCUGGGCCGACCCAUCCCGCACUGCCUCCUGCUCGACGUCGCAUCGACCCGUCGGGACUGGAAAAACUCAACGGCGACGUUCAACUUCCGCAGCUGCGGACAUGGCGGAAUCGGUGGAACGACUUUCGCCAACUGAACCAGCUGUCAUCGUAUCCCCAAAACGAACAGACAGCGGCAUUCCGCAUGGCAGUCGAUCCUUCCAUGCAACAAGUGGUCGAGGUGGCACUGAAUAUCCCACCUACCACACCUCUUACGCCCGACGAAAUUUUAGAUCUAAUCGCGGACUACAUCCGGGCCAAGAGAAACAUUGCGCUGGAUCGGGUAGCCUUCGAUGAGUGCCAUCAGUCGACAUCCGAAUCUUUCGAAGAUUUUUAUAUCCGGCUCCGACGUCUGGCAGACGCGGCCGACCUAUGUGGAACCGCAUCGCCACGCGGAUCAUGGCAGCAAGCAAUCAACGUGUGCAGGAGCGAGGAAGUGGCGAGAAUUAACGAGAAAUCUCUGAGCAACCAAUCGGCGGUUCAUCACGUCCCCCAAGGCCAGCGCAGUAAUUUGCCAACAUCGUCGACGCCCUGUGGAUCGUGCGGCCGGAACGCCCACCGACCAAACGAGACGUGCCCAGCAGUGGGGAAAUUGUGCUAUAAUUGUGGUGGCUCCAAUCAUUUUUCACCACGUUGCCCUAAACCGCGGAAAAACGCCAGUUCAAAUGGCGGUGGAAACGCUUCCAAUGGCGACAACGGUACGGCUGGCAACGCCGCCAGUUCUCCAGGAGCCCGACCCCAGGGCAGAAUCGGCCGGAUUCUCGUCGGGUCUGUAAACGCCAGCCGACGAUGGCGCCGCGCCCCUACUGUCUCAUUACAGAUCCUGGACACCCAGGGACGGCAGCUUACGACCAUCGAUGACGCGAUACCCGACGGCGGUGCUGAGAUUUCAGUCGGUGGGUUGGACACCCUCUCGCAGCUCGGUAUGACGGAGGGGGACUUAACUUCUUCAUCCUACGAUCUGGUCAUGGCGGAUCGCUCGUCUCCCCUUCUCGUCGUCGGCCAGGUGGUGGCGAGGGCCAUUUACGGCGACGUCACUGCCGAAAUAACAAUCGUCAUUUGCCCGGAAAUAUCCGGCCUGCUUAUCUCCUAG